AUGAAUCCCUUGUUGAAAACUAUCAUGAGUUCUGAGGAGGUUAGUCUAGCAAAGCGUGACAUUGAGAAUAAUUUUGGUAAUGAUAUCUAUAAGAACUCCCUUCGUCGUGUCUAUCGUGGCUCUAAUUAUUCUGGAUUAAAGUCUCAAAAGCCAUAUAUAUCACUCGAUGAUGACAAAAAAGUAUUGUCGCCAUCAGAACGCUUACUCAACAUGAUAGCCGCAAUUGUUCACAAAUCAAAUGUUAUGGAAAAGUCACGACAGAAGGCAGAACGAGAGGCAAAGUUAAAGCAUAAGCAGAAGAUGUUACGUAAAAAGAAUAAAAAGUCGAUGGAAAGUAAUCCAUUGGGCAUAAUAAAACCACGUCAACGAUAUGUAGAUCGCAUAUUAGGCAUUAAUCGAAUGAAACGCAGCAUCAUCAAGUUCGGUACAGAUUUGCAGGAUAUGAAAGCAUUUUUAGAUCAUGUUAACGAAGAUUCCGAUUUAUUGUAUGAUGAUGAGGAGCAGCUGGUCGAAUCUGCUGACAAUAAUAGCAAUUAUGAUGACGAUGAUGAAUAUUUAGAUGAUGAUUAUGAAUCGUACGAUUUUCAUCCGCAAGAACAGAAUCAAUUGUCAUUGGAGAACGAUUAUUCAUUCGAUUCAUAUCCACGACGACACCGUAACAUCUUUGACGAUUAUGAGAAUGGCUCAGUUAAUGAAUUUAUUGAUCUAGCCAGACAACGUGAUCGUCGUGAACAUAAUUUCGACGACAUGAUGCAAAACGAUGAAGAGUAUGAUGAGGAUGACUAUGAAGCAUAUUACGAUAACUAA